CCUAAAAAGAAAAGCACCUUGAGUAAAUUGAAAAUUCAGUAACGCUGCGGCAGGCCCUAAAUAUAUCCGACAUAAAAAAUGACAGCCCUUUAACUUCCAUCUUCGCCGGCGCGCACUGUAACUCUUUUGUUUAUAAUUAAAUUCUCCGAAGUUUAAGUUGUAGUGAGUGAAAGCAAAAUGGUGAGGCCAUAUGGAGUAAAAGGACCCAAGAGAAAGAAGAGAGAGGAGAAAUAUGAUACAGAAGAAAAUGAAGCUGAAAAAAGAGCUAUGCUUGAAGAAGAUGAUGAUGGUGGUGGAGAAGAAGAAGGAGAAGGAUCAGAAGGGAAAGUAGAGGAAAUGGAGGGCAUCCCAAUUGUGCCAAGUGAUUUAAAAACAAAGAAGCCUGGAGUCAUUUUCGUGCUCGAAAAGGCGUCUUUGGAAGUUGCUAAAGUUGGCAAGACAUACCAAAUCUUGAACUCUGAUGAUCAUGCAAAUUUCUUGCGGAAGAAUAAUAAAAAUCCUGCUGAUUAUAGGCCUGAUAUUGUUUAUCAGGCUCUGCUAUCAAUUUUAGAUAGCCCAUUAAAUAAGGCUGGCAUGUUGCAAACAGUAUACGUGAAAACAGAAAAAGGUGUUCUUUUUGAAGUUAAACGGCAUGUACGUAUUCCAAGGACAUACAAACGAUUUGCUGGAAUUAUGUUGCAGCUGCUCCAGAAACUAAGUAUAACUGCAGUGGGCAAGCGUGAGAAGCUAUUGCGUGUAAUCAAGAAUCCUGUGACCCAGUAUCUACCAGUUAACUCUCGUAAAAUAGGCUUCUCAUACAGUUCAGAAAAGCUGGUUAAAAUGAGCAAAUACGCAGCUACAAUUGACGAUGACGUUAACCUUGUCUUUGUGGUUGGUGCUAUGGCCCAUGGAAAAAUUGACUGCGAUUAUAUCAAUGAUUUCAUAGCAAUUUCCGGCUACCCAAUGAGUGCUGCUUGGUGUAUCGCAAGGAUUUGUGAGGCCUUGUCGGAUAAAUGGAAUGUACUGUGAACAUGUCGUUUUAAUUAAUGCUUGAGGUCAAAUUAAUUUAAUGGCAUGCGCUGUGAGUUUAUGGAACCGCGAUUUAUAUUGAAAAUGUUGAAUUGAUGUGGGAUGAAUUGGAUUCAA